ACAAAUCAUCUUCCCUCCCUCUUGUUUUGUUUUCUCUAUCACUUAACCAUGGCUUCAACCUCAUCUCUUCUCAACUUUCUAUCCCCUCUCUUUCCCUCCAAAACUUCACUUUCUCCCUCAAAUCCCAAAUUCCCAAACUUCAAUCCUCUCUCUUCCAAUUCGCAAUCAAAUUCCCUUUCUCUAUCUUCCCCGCCAAAGCAAGAAAGUGGCGCGAUUUCAAAGAAAGAAGAAUGCCCAACUGAUAAUUUAAUGGCUGUAGUUUGCCCAUCUCUUGCGUUUUCAAAUACCCUUUUCUUUAAUUCAGCUUAUAAUGUUCAAGUUUUGGUUGAAGAAAAUGAACCUGAAGAAAGAUUGAUUAAUCGAUUUAGAAGAGAAGUUAUGAGAGCUGGUGUUAUUCAAGAGUGUAAACGACGUCGUUUCUUUGAGAAUAAGCAGGAUGAGAAAAAACGCAGGUCUCGGGAAGCUGCUAAGCGCAAUAGUCGUCGAAGGCGCCCGCCAUUUCGUGGUCCAUACCAAGGAAAGGAGGACGCAACCAAAGUUGAGAAAAAGGAGGACGAUGAGGAUAACUGGGACAUGCCCGAAGAUGCUCCUUUCUGAGUGUAUCUAGCCUUCAACCCUCAUUUCGACGUCUUCUCUUAUAACAGAGAGGCUUCGGGGUGUGUUAAGUUUAGGUUUAUGUUCUUUCUGCUGAUUCAUUUCGAGUUUGUUGCUAAAAGUUUUAUUGGUUAAAAUGUUGUAUUAUUCGAUAGAUCGAUCCUUUCGUAAUUUGAUGGCAUUUUGAUAUGCCCUAUUACCAAUUGUACCAGAAAUUCAAUGAGAACAGCUUUUGGCUUUGCUACAAGGGCCUGUAAUUUUUACAUGUUAAUCGACAGUGUAUUUGCAAGUGCAAAACAGUUUCAGAAA